CGUCAUAAACUUGAGUUAAAAAAAAAAGUAAAUCUCGAGUUCAACUACGUGUUAAACGCCAUUGCUGAACAGUAGCUUUUUUAGUGCUUAUUAUUAACACAAAGUUACUGACAGGAAUUUUUAAUCCGGCGGCGGAUUUUCCGAAGGAGUAGCCUUCAUUGGCUACAGUACUGUCAGUCCUGUUUAUCGAGGUUCUGGUGAGAAUAAGGCGGUCCGUACAGCCAAGGCACAAAGUUUUCCUCUUAUUCAGGUUAUUGGGAUUUAUUUUGUGAAAUAAACUGCUUUGGAGACGACAUGGAGAUAAUGGAUAGCAGUGAAACGUUUUUACAUUGGGACCGAAGUCUCAGCGAAAUGUCGUGCGAUAACGAUAAUGUUCUGUACAGCACGCACUUCACUGAGUUCCUUGAUGACCUGUCUCAGGAGGCCCUGCUGGGCCAACUUCUCAGCGAUCCUUUCCUUUCAGAGAGGAGAGAGGUUAUGGAUGAAGACGAGGAGCUUAGCUUGUCCUCUUCACCACAUCCACACAUCCAGGCUGAGCACAGUUACUCUCUGAGCGGAGACUCUCAGCCUCAGCCCCCAAUCUCCCACUUGGCCGCAAAGACGACCACUGACCAGGCAAAAGAAUCAGACAGUGAGAACUGGCCUAUUGAACUGGAGGAAAAGCACCUAAAAAUUACAGCCGAGCCACUUCUCUGUGAUUCUCCAGUCCUGCUUCCUACACUGACUCUUUCUCUAACUGCUGAGCAAGUGACCACAGAUGCCCUCUCGCACACCACACAGAUAGAAAAGGAUGAAAGUUUUAGCCCACAGAUUAAGCUGGAGCCACAUGAGGUUGAUCAGUUCCUGAAUCUUUCUCCUAAAGAGUCUGAGGCUCUUCAGAUGCCCCCCACUCCUCCUAGCUCACAUGGUAGUGACACAGAGGGCAGCCAGAGCCCUGUGCAUGCUUGUAACCCUGCCAGUCCUAUGCAGAGCCCAGCAGUCCUUAAGAUGGCCUCACGAACGCCUACCGUACUUUCCAGUUCACUCUCUAACUCACCACUGCUUACUGCUCCCCACAAACUGCAAGGCUCAGGACCACUCAUGUUGACUGAAGAGGAAAGGCGCACCCUGAUUGCAGAAGGAUACCCUGUUCCCACUAAGCUUCCUCUGUCAAAAUCUGAGGAAAAAGCCCUAAAAAAGAUCCGCAGGAAGAUCAAGAACAAAAUUUCUGCUCAGGAAAGUCGCAGAAAGAAGAAAGAGUACAUGGAUGCCCUUGAGAAAAAGGUGGAAACAUGUUUCACUGAGAACAGUGAGUUGCGUAAAAAAGUGGAGACCCUUGAAGGUACCAACAAAACUUUGCUGCAGCAGCUGCACUCAUUGCAGGUGAUGGUGACUGGAAAGGUCCCUCAUUCAUGCAAAAUAGCCACCACUCAGACCUCCACAUGCCUUAUGGUGGUGAUGCUGUGCUUUGCUGUGUUCCUGGGUAGUUUCUACCAGGGGCUCAGCCCCUGCACCUCCAUCACAAAGACAGAGAUAUCCAAAGAUCUUACAAUACAGGAAUCUUACACUGCAACAGUAAAAUCAAGGAACCUGCUUAACUUUGGGGGAAAUGGGGGAGGUGAAGAGUCCCGCCCUUCCGGUCUAGGGGGGGAAUAUCCAGAGUGGAACACACAGACCACCAUCAUGGCCACGUGGCCUCAAGAGCAGCAGCAGCACAGGCACAAACAGGCAGAGUCUCAACCCUCUGAACCCCAUUCACCUGCUUUUCAAAACAACGGAACAGACACACAAAAAUCCCUCACUGAUCAGCAAGCACACAGGUCAGUAAAGUCGUCAUCACAUGAAAGCCCAAAAGUCAUUUAACUGGAGGGAACACUGAACAGGCUGUUGUGAGAGGGUUGAAGAACAGUCAGUCAUGCUUUGUAUUUAAUGAACUCAAGUAUCAUUUCCUUUACAGUUUCCUUUCUUUUUAAGGAAAAAACUAAAUAAACAAAAAAAGAAAUAUUUUUUAUUUUAGUGCUAUAUAUAUUAGAUUUUUAUACUAUAUUUUAUGCAUCUAUAUUACUCGUUCGUGUUCUCUAAACUGUACAUGGCUGUUCUAAUGCAACUUUUCUUUUGCAUUGUUUACCCCAUGCUACUAAAAUGUGUUUUUUUUUUUUUUUUUAUACUCUGCACCAAUCUGUCUUGUAAUUAUAAAUAUGAUGUCAACAUUUUAAAUAACUAAACUUUUAAGCUUAGUGCACAAUACAUCUGACCAGACUUAUUUUUAAGCAAUUGUGUAGUGGGAGUUGUUUAACACACUCCCAAUCCAUUUGUCUUAGCAUAAAGUGACAGUAUGGGAGACCAAUUUCAUGAAGAAUUUAGUAGGCGAGUUACACAGUCAAGUCACAUUAUUAUGACCGCUUUCUACUUUCGACAACAGCAGUGCAUAGCUCAUGAAGGAAGUCAUGUUUCGUGAGCUGGCUUGGUGGGUAUUUUAGUUGUGCGAUAGACUGUCUGCACAUAUAUCUCUCAUUGCUGUAAUGGGUAAAAGUACCAUGAGUAAAAUUGUCUUCUUUAGAGUGUAUGGGAUCUUCCAGAAAUGUCACACGGCUAGAAAUGUCCAACAUUGGUUGGAAGAGCAUGACCAAGACUUCCAGGUACUACCCUGGCCCCCUAAUUCCCCAGACUUGAACUCAAUUGAGCAUCUGUGGGACCACCUCGAUCAUCAUGUUUGCUCCAGGAGCUGUGGGAUGCACUGCAGUCAGCAUGGCUCCAGAUACCUGUGACAACUACCCGGACCUUAUUGAGUCACUUUUAGCCUGUCUAGAUGUUGUCUGUACUGCAUUCGGUGGUUACUCUGAAUAUAAGCUGGUGGUCAUAAUAAUGUGACUCUACUGUGAAUAGUAGUUAUUGUUAUUUAAUCAUAAUAAAUAACAAUGAAAUAGAAGGCCAUGCCACAACGGUAAAUUACAUUAAAAAUUUUGUUGUUUUUUCAGAAAACACAUAAUAACUAAUAAAACAAUAUUUUUAAGUCUUUUGUUUUUUAAAUAAAUGUUAAAAAUUGAAAGACUGUCAUGAUAUACACUAUAUGGUCAAAUGUAUGUGGAUACCCCUCUUAAUGACUGAGUUUAUGUGUUUAAGUCACACCCUUUGCUGACAGAAGUAUAAUCCUAUGAAAACAGGGUAAACUGCCAGUUCUUGUUCCAGAAACACUGCCUCUGUGCACAAAGUAGGAUCCAUUAAGAAAUGGUUUGAUGAGUUUGGUGUUUUAGUGGCGUAUACAAAGACCUGACCUCAAGCCUAUUGAAUACAAUCAGGAUGAGUUGAUUACCUGACCUGACAAAUGUUCCCCUGAAUGGAUACAAAUCCCCAUAGACAUAAAAUAUUGUGGAAAGCCUAUACACAGAAUAUGAGGCUGGUUUUGCUGCAAUUUGGCAUUCUGUCCAUGGCUUGCUAUUUAAUGUACUACAAAUGUAUGUAAAAAAAAUUUUUUUUUAUAUUAUUGUAUCUAUUGUUCACAUUCAUUUUUAAUACACUGUGUUCUUUUAUGUGGCUAAUGUUGAUAAAUCACCCUGCUUCUAA